UAUAAACGAUACACGUGCGGCACAAAAAGUUGUUGAUUUAAAUUUCUGAGCCGAAAUAAAGCAAUUACAAUGGGCAAGAAGGACAAAAACAAGAAGAAGGGCAAAGGAGCCGAGAAAACCGCCAUGAAAACGGACAAAAAGCAGGCGGCACGGCAAAAGAAAAUGCUGGAAAAACUGGGAGAAGCAAAUAUAGCUGAUAUCAUCCAAUUACUGGAGGCCAAGGAGGGCAAGAUUGAGACCAUCAGCGAAUCCGUUUGCCCGGCGCCAACUCCCCGAUCCAAUUUCACCUUGGUUUCCCAUCCGGAAAAGGAGGAACUCAUCAUGUUUGGCGGCGAACUUUACACUGGCACAAAAACCACAGUGUUUAACGAUUUGUUCUUUUACAACACCAAAAGCGGGGAGUGGAGGCAGCUGAAGUCGCCAUCUGGACCCACGCCCAGAAGUGGACACCAAAUGGUGGCUGUGGCCAGCAAUGGUGGAGAACUCUGGAUGUUUGGAGGCGAGCAUGCCAGUCCCUCCCAGCUGCAGUUCCACCACUACAAGGAUCUCUGGAAGUUCUCACUGAAAUCCCGCAAAUGGGAGAGGAUAACUGCGCCCAAUGGACCAAGUCCGAGGAGUGGCCAUCGAAUGACCGCCUCCAAGAAGCGCCUGUUCAUCUUUGGUGGCUUCCAUGACAACAACCAGUCGUACCAUUACUUCAACGACGUUCACAUCUUCUCAUUAGAGUCCUAUCAGUGGCUUAAAGCUGACAUAGGAGGUGCGAUUGUGCCAUCUCCUCGUUCUGGCUGUUGUAUUGCGGCUUCUCCGGAGGGAAAGAUCUAUGUUUGGGGAGGUUACUCGAGGGCCUCCAUGAAGAAGGAGGCCGAUAGAGGUGUAACGCACACGGAUAUGUUUGUCCUGAGUCAAGACAAAAACGCCGGCGAUGCGGAUAACAAGUACAAGUGGGCACCGGUGAAACCCGGCGGAUAUAAGCCCAAACCGCGAAGCAGCGUUGGCUGCACCGUGGCUGCAAAUAACAAGGCCUAUACCUUUGGUGGCGUCAUGGACGUCGAUGAGGACGACGAAGAUGUCCACGGUCAGUUCGGCGAUGAUCUCCUGGCCUUCGAUUUGACCGCCCAAACAUGGAGAUUGCAGGAGAUCCAAGCUAAAAGCAGCACCGCCGAGAAGAAGGAAUCGGAGGCGAGCAAAGAUGUGGAAAUGUCCGCUGUUGAUAAGCCAGUGACCACCACCACGGAUGGCAUUUUCACGGUCACCGUUGGUGGUCCCAGUACCAGCACGCCAUAUGUGUCCAACAUACCCAGUCUGUUUGCCAAACCCAAGGCAACCAAUGUGCCAUCUCCGCGAAUGAAUCCCGGAAUGUGCGUUUGCAAGGGAACACUGUAUAUUUUUGGCGGGAUCUUCGAAGAGGACGCCAAGCAGUUGACCUACAACGAUUUCUACUCCCUGGACUUGCACAAACUGGAGUGGAAGGUGAUAAUCCCCAAUAGCUUGAAGGCCCACGAAUGGGAGGAUAGCGACAGUAGCAGCUCCGACGAGGAACGCAGCAGCGGCGAGGAGGAUAGCUCCAACAGCUCGGACAUGGACACGGAUUGAUAAUUUGAAAUGACUAUAUAUUAAAUUUUGGUUAACAAUUGUACA